AUGUUUCAAUCACUCAAGGACCGCUCUUCGUUUGGAGGAUACAUACGCUUCACCAUCCGCGUCUUUCAAUUCGUGCUCGCCAUCACGGUCGCAGGACUCUACGGCUACGAUCUCGAUAAUGCGAGAAAGGCGCACAUUUACGCAGACCCGAAAUGGACUUAUGCAGUCGUUGUCGCCGCACUCUCUGCCGUCAGCGUAUUCUUCUUCUUGUUCAAGUUUUCACUCAGGUUUUUCUGGGAUGCUGUUAUGCUCGGUCAAACACGCAUGAAGAAUGCAGUCUGGGUGGACCUCGCAAACCUGAUCUUGUGGUUUAUCACCUUUGUCUGGGACUUGAUUUUGCACUUUACAAGGAUGGACAAGAUGACUCUGCACACUGGUCGCGCCCACGUCUAG